AUGUUGAUCCAAGUACCACUCUUCUCAAAGUCGUUAUCUCAAAUCAAGCGACCAUUGCCUCCUUCAGAUCCACCAACCAGUCAAGACAUCGUACAUGCAAUUGUCUUCCUUGAGAAGGUGAAGGUGUUUUUUAGCCCUCCCUCAUUCAAGAGAAAACUGUGCCGGGACUACCGUGUGGCCACUGUUGACGACCUCGCGAAAGCGCAGCUGUAUCUACACAAGGUGUGUAGUGCAGCCACGGCUGGGACAGGUGGAAAUGUAGAGUCUCAUGUGAUCUCGGCCGUUGAACCCAUCCUUAGAAGGCUCGACCAGAUGAAUGAAACACUGGUUCGGGUGGUGGAUAAUUCCGGGAUUCACGGUCUGGAGCGAUGGCUCGACUCUGAUUCCCAAAACCAUCCUUUCAACGACUUACAAUUGUACGACCAGAUUCCGAUCUCAUGGGACCGUGAGGAUAAAGACCCGGAGCACUUCGAAUUGCCGCCUUUACGCACGAACAACGACUUCACCAACCUCACCGAUUAUCAAUUGGACAACUAUAUAGAAUUUAUGUCCGCUAUAUUUAUCGUUGUAUGUCUUAUAUUUAUCAUUGUAUAUCCUAAUAGAGCAUAUGUCACAGAUGCUUGGCUUAACUGCGCUGGAUCCUCGUCUGUGGUACGUGUCUCAGCCGAGAACUUUAAACCCGCGGACGAAGUCUUGUCUCCCUUCAAAAGGUGUUUAAAAACUUCCUCUCUAGUUGCUUACCUUGCUCCCUCCAGACAGAUGCCGAACGCACUUGGACACAAUGGUCGAGUUCCUGCUCCUCCUGAUGCCCUCAUCAGACCAAUCAUUGAGGAUUUUGUCGCAAAAGGGUACAGUAACACUGAGAUUGUAACUCGGCUGCGCAAGUACUACAAUACUGAUAUGUAUAAUGUUUCGAUCGACCUCCUGAAAAAACGGCGCUCUCAGUGGGGACUGAAAUCUGCACGUUGA